CGAAUAUAUCACUUUUUCUCUCACUUAUUCUUAUUCUGUUAGACUGUUUGUCUGCACCUCACGUUAAAACUGUUGCAUUGCAUCUUUUCUCAUGUGAACACAAAUUGAAACUGAAAUUGAACCCACUUGCUUUGCUUUGCUUUGCUUUGCUUUCCUGUGCCAUUUCUCUGCAACCCCUUUAUCUUUAACUUAAUUUGCAGGUCUCAUUUGAGGGAUAUAAUAUACCAGUUACUCUCUGUGCGUGUGUGUUCCUUUUAGUGGUUUUGGUUGCUUCACACAAUGGCUUGGUGGGAUUUAAGAUCCCUUUUUCGUUUUCACUCUAUUAGGACUCGCUUUCAGGAAUUCAGGACGACGGAAGUCCAGCUAGGUUCACAUACUAUGAGUUCUCAUGGAUAUUCAGUUGCGAGAACACACAAGCAUGAUUGGCUUAUACUAUUGCUCCUUGUGUUGAUUGAUAUCAUCCUAUACAUUAUCCAUCCUUUCUAUCGUUUUGUUGGGAAGGAUAUGAUGACUGAUCUCAAAUAUCCCCUGAAGAGUAAUACAGUUCCUUUUUGGGCUGUUCCUAUGUAUUCAGUUUUAUUGCCUAUGGUGAUCUUUCUUGUUGUCUAUAUCCGAAGGAGAGAUAUCUAUGAUCUUCAUCAUGCCAUACUGGGUCUAUUGUUCUCCAUUUUAAUAACAGGAGUAAUUACUGAAGCAAUAAAAAAUGCAGUAGGCCGACCUCGACCUGACUUCUUCUGGCGAUGUUUUCCAGAUGGAAAGGAUGUUUAUGAUAAAUGGGGAAAUGUCAUUUGUCAUGGUGACAAGAAUGUCAUAAAGGAAGGACAUAAGAGUUUCCCAAGUGGCCAUACUUCGUGGUCAUUUGCUGGUCUGGGGUUUUUAUCGUUAUACUUAUCUGGAAAAAUAAAAGCAUUUGAUCGCACAGGCCAUGUUGCAAAACUUUGCAUUGUUUUUCUACCACUACUUUUUGCAUCACUUGUUGGCAUUUCUCGAGUUGAUGACUAUUGGCACCACUGGGAGGACGUGUUUGCCGGAGGUCUUUUAGGGCUUAUAGUAGCUAUGUUUUGCUAUUUGCAGUUUUUUCCUCCUCCUUAUCAUUCUGAAGGCUGGGGACCUUAUGCUUAUUUUAGUAUGUUGGAAGAAUCAAGAGGGAUGAGACAAGCUCCUAAUGCUCAAAAUGCUGGUCAAGACCAGUUAACAGAGACUCAGGUUGAGAACCCAGAGGGACAAAGUCACCAUGGGUGUCUGGGGUUAACUUUAUCACGUGAUCAUACUUCUACAUUGGAUGAAAUUGAAUCUGGGAGGGGAUAAAAUCUGUACAUCACAUGAUUUUGCUCUUUGUGAAUCAUAUGACAUAUGUUAGGUGUCCUAGGAUUUAACCAGGAUUUAAAACUGACUAACACAUUUUGCUGAAUGAAUUUCUUCUCAUUUAGUCACCGCCAUCUUUAAAAAAUAUGAAGCAUACAAGAGUUAGAUUUGGGACAACCUCUGUUAUUUCUUUAUUUGCGAAUCUGUGGAUAUGAGGAAAUACGAAAUAUU